AUGGACUCUCAGAGGAUUCUUGUCCUCGGGGCAACAGGUGGCUCAGGCCUCGCCUUUGUUGAACAGGCCCUUUCGCUUCCAAACCCACCUCACCUGACGCUCUACGUCCGCACGCCUUCCAAGUUGCCAUCAGAGUUCCAAUCUCAGCCUGGUAUCUCUAUUGUUGUUGGCGGUCUCUCUGACUUUGAGACCCUCGACUCUGUCAUGAAAUCACAAUCAAUCACGACCGUUGUCUCGUUCCUAGGCGCUUAUUUUUCGGCCUCUGCUAUCAUCUUCCGUCCCAAGGAAACCCCAAUUGCAGAUUCGUUCCCGACCAUCAUUCGUGCUAUGAAAGCGAAUAAUGUCUCACGGCUAAUCGUCUUGUCGACGGCUUCCUUCUGGAUCACUGGGAAGGAUAUUUCCACAUGGGGCCUGUCUAUUUUCGGCGUGAUGCCCAAAAUUUUCGUACCUCAAGGAGAUGCAGAGAUGGUGCGAAUCGCAGAAGUAGUGAGCCGAGACGCCGCCGAACAGGACUGGACUAUAUUCCGAGUUCCCCAUCUGACAGAUGGACCUUCAGACCUCCCUGUCUGGGCGGGAUACGCAGGGCCGGGACACCGUGGCGGUUUGAAUCUCUCUCGGAGAAGCCUUGCGAUGUGGGUACUGAAUGAAAUCUCGGAGCCAAAAUGGAUCCGCCAAGCACCUUUCUUGGGAAAUUAUUAG